UGGCUGAUCUGAUUCUGGUCGGCUGAUCUGGGCAGCAUGACUCAGGAGACUUUCCUGGCCUUGCUACUUACACUGGCCAGAGUCCUGCCCGGCCCCCUAGAUGGCCAAGAGAUGCAACAGUCUUACCAAGUCCAUAUCGCUUCUGAGGGGGAGUCCAUCAACAUCACCUGCUCUACAAGUGGAGACUUGCUGGGGAUCUACCUGAAGCAGAUCUGGCCAUGGGAUUCCUAUGUGACGUACUUUGAAGACGGGAAAGACUCCACGGUAGACAAGCGUUUCUCAGGCCGAAUUGAUUUCUCCGGUUCCCAGAACAACCUGACCAUCACCUUGCGCCUCCUCGUGCUGGAAGACACUGGAGUAUAUACCUGCAAGCCCGUCACAAAAAGCGGAAGGGAUGGCUCAUCCACCAUAGUUGUAGUGAGAGAAAAACUGUCCCAAGAAGCAUGCAAAUCCCAGGAACUUCGGAGAGCAUCAGUUUCCCUCCCAGCUGCCCUGGCUGUAGGCUUCUUCCUCCUUGGGUUGAGCUUUGGAGUGCUAUGCUCAUUGAGGAAAACGCAGAUCAAGGAGCUGUGUGCCUCGAGGGAUAACAACUCACGGUGCGUAGUGUAUGAGGACAUGUCCUACAGCAAUCGCAAGACUCCGUGCACCCUCAACCAGUAUCAGUGAGCCCCUCUACCCACAGUCCCCCACGUCUUGCUUCAGCUGGGUUGGUAGUGGUCCUGCUGACCCAACCAGCCCAACUCCCCCAGUACCCUUCCUGUGCUACUCAAAUGCCCCCUUAGUGCUUUUGGAUGAAUGGGACUCCUCCUCUCUGUAAGCUUCCCCACAGGGCUCUGCAAUUUGUCCCCCACCCUAGCCAGGUAGCUCUGAUCAUGGUGCCAUGGGGGGGGGGGAACUUGAGGGGAACAAAAAAAAAUGUGUUACCUGUCUUGGAGCAGCUUGGCCAGAAAUAAAUAGACAAAUAAAGCCCAUUGUGGCUUUUAUUU